AGAGAGAGAGUGUGUGUGUGCCUACUGUGUUAGUUUGCAGGAAUGUGUGUCAGUGUGUGUGGAUUAUGAGAAGAGCAUUGUGACCAGCCGGGAGCAGAUUUUUGCUGCAAUGACCCGUUCAAGCACAGAUUUCUGUCCCAUCCUCUGGCCUUCCGCUCCUCACAGCCCAGACAUGCACCACCUCAGCAUCUUUUGACUUCAUGAAGAUUCCUGACAUCGGUAAUGUGAUGAAUAAAUUUGAAGUCCUUGGGAUUGUAGGAGAGGGAGCCUAUGGGGUGGUCCUGAAAUGCAGACACAAGGAGACAAAAGAGCUUGUGGCCAUUAAGAAGUUCAAGGACAGCGAAGAGAAUGAGGAAGUUAAAGAAACGACGUUACGAGAGCUCAAGAUGCUCCGUACGCUGAAGCAAGACAACAUCGUAGAACUGAAAGAGGCUUUCCGUCGACGGGGAAAACUCUAUCUAGUGUUUGAAUAUGUGGAGAAGAAUAUGCUGGAGUUGUUGGAGGAAUUGCCUAAUGGUGCACCACCUGAUAAAGUACGGAGCUACAUCUUUCAGCUGAUCAAAGCUAUUCACUGGUGCCACAAAAAUGAGAUCGUUCACAGGGAUAUCAAGCCUGAAAAUCUCCUCAUCAGCUCCAAUGAUAUCCUGAAGCUGUGUGAUUUUGGCUUUGCCCGCAAUCUCUCUGAAGGCAGCGAUGCUAACUACACAGAAUAUGUGGCGACCAGGUGGUACCGCUCACCUGAACUGCUCCUUGGAGCUCCAUAUGGGAAGGCGGUGGACAUGUGGUCGGUGGGGUGUAUUUUGGGAGAACUGAGUGAUGGGCAGCCCCUGUUUCCGGGCGAGAGUGAAAUCGACCAGCUCUUCACCAUUCAGAAGGUGUUGGGCCCCUUACCACCAGAGCAGAUGAAGUUGUUUUACAACAACCCUCGUUUCGCUGGACUAAGAUUUCCUUCUGUAAGUCAUCCUCAAACGCUUGAUAGAAGGUACCUGGGCAUCAUCAAUGGACUCAUGUUGGAUUUAAUGAAGAACCUGCUUUGCCUGAACCCCACCGAACGCUUUCUGACAGAACAGUGUCUGAACCACCCAGUGUUUCAAGGCCUUAGAGGGCCAGAGCGGCCAGCUGCCCCGUCGCCCACCGCACCUCGCUCCUCAAAGAGAAAACCAUACCAUGGAGACAACACCAUACCCAGCCGGAGCCACGGCAGUAAGAGUUCAGGUCACCGGCACACUAACAGCAAGGACUGCUCUUCUCUACCACGCCAUGAGGACCUCCACCGGAGCACCGACAGCUUCCUGAACGGCAGCAACAUGCCGACCUCAUCCACCCUGAGUCCCACACUACACCCCAAGAGCUACCAGGCCCAGACCCUGAGCCGCUCGGCCUCUAGCAGCAAAGACCUGGCCAACAACAACCUUCCCCACCUCCUCAGCCCCAAAGACGCAAAGGGAAAGACCGAAUUUGAUUUCAACCUGGGACCUAAAGCUGGAGGUGCCACUGUGGGAGGAGACACCUCUACCGGCAAGUACCUCAAGUCGUCCAAACAAGGCCGCCACUCGUCCUUCCUGGAAGGGAAGACCAGCACGCUGCAGUCUGGGGACAAACACAGUCGCCAUAACUACAUGGAGUCCUCGCACGGAUCCAUGCCUUCCACAUCCUCCUCCAAAAGCUCCUCGUCCUUCCUCAGCCUGUCCAAGAGCCACGGAGCGCUGAACGAUGCCAAGUCUGUGAGCAAUCUGGCCGAGACACGACUCCACCUAGACGAUCCCAUGGUGGGAUCAGGCUCGGGCUCCCGCUACUUCCCGUCCAGCUGUCUGGAUCUAAACGCGGCUCCCGGGAGCCCCAGAGGCGAACGGCACGCUGGGACGGAGCGGCAGGGUCACAGCCCCAGCAGUCGGGGGAACGCGCGUCUAGAAGGGGGCACUCUGGAUUCACGACGUUCUUCGGGUCGGAAAAAGACACCGGAUGAACCGAAGGCUACAGACACACUGGACCCAAGCAGGGCUGCGGCAGCAGGGGGCGGCCACGCUCACAACCUGCCCUCCCCCCAUGAAUCCUAUCCUUACGGUCUUGGCUACACCAGCCCAUUUUCCUCGCAGCAGCGACCUCAUCGCCACUCCAUGUACGUGCGGAGAGAGCGACACCGGCCGCACGGCCAGGAGGCAAAUUUGGUGGUUGGGCAGGGAGUGCCAACACGUGCCAGCAGCCUACAACUCCUCUCGCCGCAGCUCCAGCAUCGCACACUCCCACGCCACAACACCAGUUCCUCUCGAGAAGAACUCCCGCAAGAUCUGAGCAGGGUCAGUGACCUGCUCUCGUUUUAUCUCCGUGUCCUGUAGCAUAUUACAGUAGGCGCUGAUCUUGCUCAUCUCCGUUGGUUCCCCUGAUCAGCAUUUGAAUAUUUCUAUCCAAGCAAGGAUGCCCUCUUAUUCAACUGUUCGUCUUUGUCUGAAUAUUACAAGUUUUCUCUACUGUUUGCAAACAGGAAUAUUACAAAUGAUGCUUGUUCACCGUAAUAAUUUCAGGAGAUUCGAUUUGUGAUGUGUUUGCAUGCGUGUAUGUGAUCUAAUUUAUGAUAUGGCUCUGCUGCAUCCUGCAUUCAUGCAUUUUGUUUUGUUCUCUCUGAUUAUUACAUGCACACCCCCAGUGUCUCCCAGUGUCUGCUUAUUUUGCUGUGUGUUUAUGUCUGCAGAAUGACCAGUCUCCCAAAGAGAAGCCUCAU